UGGACUUGUUUACGCUUCAAAAAGAGGCAUCGACGCCCCCUGGUGUCUUGCAGCAGCUAGCAGCACGAAGCUCCAAGAAUGGCUGAGAAGGGCGUGAAGGUGUUUGGCAUGUGGGCGAGCCCGAUGGUCAUCCGGGUGGAGUGGGCGCUCCGGCUGAAGGGCGUCGCCUACGAGUACAUCGACGAGGACCUCGGCAACAAGAGCGACGCGCUGCUCCGCUGCAACCCGGUGACCAAGAAGGUUCCGGUGUUGGUCCACGACGGCGAGCCGAUCGCCGAGUCCGCCAUCAUCGUUGAGUACAUCGACGAGGUGUGGAAGGAUGGCUACGCGAUCAUGCCAGCCGACCCCUACGAGCGAGCUCAGGCGAGGUUCUGGGCCAAGUAUGCCGACGAGAAGUGCAACGCCGCCAUCUUCCCGGUCUUCACCGCGACCGGCGAGGCGCAGAGCAAGGUGGUGCACGAGGCCCAACAGUGCCUGAAGACUCUGGAGAAGGCCCUGGAGGGGAAGAAGUUCUUUGGCGGCGACGCCUUCGGGUACCUCGACAUCGUCGUCGGGUGGUACGCGCACUGGUUGCCGAUCAUCGAGGAGGUGUCUGGCGCCAGCGUCGUCACCGAAGGGGAGCUUCCUCUAAUGAAGGCGUGGUUCGACCAGAUCCUUGCCGUCGACGUGGUGAAGGAGACCCUGCCCCCGAGAGACAAGCUCCUCGCGCUCAACAAGGCUCGCCGUGAGCAGCUUCUAUCAGCGUAGAGUGCCAGUAAUUCCAUUUAAGCUACGUAAUCUUCAAUAUACCACGGAUAAAUAAGCAUUGUAUUGUGCAACUGAUGUUAGUAUCAUCUUUUAGAGUGUCUGCCUUACACAUGACGGUUUCAGUUAUAUAAUCUUCAUCAAUGGUGUUUCAAUUGGAA